UGGAGCUGCCCAAUACGCGGGAAGACGCGGAGCGCAAGAAGUGGGGAAAGUGCACCACCAGAGCCCUGGAGACCUGCAGACCGAGGGGGAGCAGGUCGUACUGGGAACCUGACCACACCGGCCUCCAAGCCCGGCGUUGCGGUGGUCCCGGGCUCGGCCCCGCCGGACUGGGUGGGGGGCGGGCGGCUGUGUCGUCAGGAGCUGGGCGGCCUCGGCCGCCUGGCCCGUCCCCUCCAGCCCUCCCGGGCUCCAGCUCCAACGCCGGCGCUCCCCUCCUUGGGCAAGGCUUACCCUCUGAAGCAGCAGCGCAGGAAGCUGGUCUACCGGGCUAUCUUUGUGGCCAACUUUAGGAAAAGAAGGAUGGCCAAAGAGAGAGGCCUGAUAAGCCCCGAAGACUUUGCCCAGCUGCAAAAGUACAUGGAAUACACCACCCAAAAAGUCAGUGAUGUCCUAAAGCUCUUCGAGGAUGGGGAGAUGAGCAAAUAUAUCCAAGGAGAUGCCAUUGGGUACCAGGGAUUUGAACAGUUCCUGAAAAUCUAUCUGGAAGUAGACCAAGUUCCCCAUCGCCUGUGCCUGGCACUGUUUCAAUCCUUUCACACUGGUCAAUGCUUGAAUGAGACCGAGAUAAAAGCCAAGGUGGUAUGCCUCAGUGAUGUCUCCUGCUACUUCUCCCUCCUGGAGGGAGGCCGGCCAGAAGAUAAGCUAGCAUUUACCUUCAAGCUGUAUGACACAGACAGAAAUGGGAUCCUGGACAGUUCAGAAGUGGAAAGAAUCAUCCUUCAGAUGAUGCGAAUGGCUGAAUAUCUAGAUUGGGAUGUGUCUGAGCUGAGACCGAUUCUUCAGAACAUGAUGAAAGAAAUUGACUAUGAUGGCAGUGGCUCUGUCUCCCUAGCUGAGUGGGUUCGGGCUGGGGCUACCACCGUGCCACUGCUAGUGCUGCUGGGGAUGGAAAUGACUCUGAAAGAUGAUGGGCAGCACAUGUGGAGACCCAAGAGGUUCCCCCUACCAGUCUACUGCAACCUGUGCGAGUUGAGCAUUGGCCUUGGCAAACAGGGCCUGAGCUGUAACCUUUGUAAGUACAUUGUUCAUGACCACUGUGCCAUGAAGGCUCAGCCUUGUGAAGUCAGCACCUAUGCCAAGUCUCGGAAGGACAUUGGUGUCCAGUCACAUGUGUGGGUUCGAGGAGGCUGUGAAUCUGGGCGCUGUGACCGCUGUCAGAAAAAGAUCCGAACCCACCACAGUCUAACGGGACUGCAUUGUGUGUGGUGCCACCUGGAGAUCCAUGAUGACUGUCUUCAGGCCUUGGGUUCUGAGUGUGACUGUGGACUGCUCCGUGAUCACAUCCUGCCUCCAUCUUCCAUCUACCCCAGUGUCCUGGCAUCUGGACAGGAGCGUAAACAGAGCAAGGCAAACCAGAAGAUCCCAGAUGAUACAAGCAUGUACACCUUUGAGGCUUUGCGGAUUGAUCCUGUUUCUAACACCCAUCCACUUCUAGUCUUUGUCAAUCCAAAGAGUGGAGGGAAGCAAGGCCAGAGGGUGCUUUGGAAGUUCCAAUAUAUGUUAAACCCUCGACAGGUGUUCAACCUUCUGAAAGAUGGUCCUGAGCCAGGGCUCAAGUUUUUCAAAGAUGUUCCUGGUUGCCGGGUUUUGGUGUGUGGUGGAGACGGCACAGUAGGCUGGAUUCUAGAGACCAUUGACAAAGCCAACUUGCCUGUUGUGCCACCUGUUGCUGUGUUACCCCUGGGCACUGGAAAUGAUCUGGCUCGUUGCCUGAGGUGGGGAGGAG